AUGCCGAAGCCCUUUAGGCAGACGCUGCGCGGCUCCAUAACAGCAGCGGUGAGUGUGAAUGCGCCGUCACGCCACACGCCCCACAGCAACGACACCAGUCCGUACGCCACAGACAGCAUGGCGCGGUACGUGUACACCCAGUGCGCAACAGGAACAGUCGCGGUGGUCGUCGCGCCGCCAACGUUGGUGAACCACUCGAGAUGCACCUCAAAGAUGCUCUCCAGCAGAAAGCCGGUGAGCAGCGCGACCCAGCUGGACCAGUGCUGGCGGAAUCGCAGGCCAAGGUACACCUCGUUGUCGACACCGUACACGUACACCUGCGUGACGACGAGGCUGCCGAAGCGGAUGCGGCGAGUCGGCCGCGACGACAGCGGCAACGUGGGGCGCGCAAUGGAGUCCGUGGAGAGAUUGGAGGCGUGA